GUUGAAUGACGUCAGCAGUGGGUCUACUCAGUAGAAAGACAGCAUCUCCUCCUCACAGCUCUGCUGCUGCUGUUGGCCUUUGUGCGUCUAAGGACCUGACAUCCGUUCUAUUGUGUUGCUCUAAUCGGAACUAACACCAUGGGGAGAUUAGAUGCGCUUCGGCAGUUUAAUUUGAUCAAAUGGCUCAGGGAGGAGAGACAGUCGAGGAAACUGAGUCUCUUCAUUGUUUUCGUCGCUCUGCUCUUGGAUAACAUGCUGCUGACUGUUGUCGUUCCCAUCAUUCCCAGCUACCUGUACAACCUGGAUGAGUCAGCAGACACGGUGCUGAAAAACAACACCUUGUCACAGCGGAGUCCUCCAGGUGCCUUCCAAAGUAUUGUGUCCUUGUAUGACAACACCUUGAGGACUUCGAUCUCCAACACCACAGUCAGGUCAACCGACCUGGUCUCUACGGCCCCCACCACGACAGAGCUGCCACAGAACUCCUCCGAUUGCCCCAAGUCCGCCAGCAAGCUGCUCAGUGAGAAUGUCAAAGUGGGAAUGCUGUUCGCCUCCAAGGCCACUGUACAGCUGAUUACCAACCCCUUUGUAGGGCCACUCACAAACAGAAUAGGAUACCAACUUCCCAUAUUUGCUGGCUUCUGUAUCAUGUUCAUCUCUACUAUCAUGUUCGCCUUCUCAUCGAGCUACGCUCUGCUGUUCCUGGCCAGAUCUUUGCAAGGUGUAGGCUCCUCUUGCUCCUCUGUGGCUGGGAUGGGAAUGCUUGCAAGUGUGUACACAGAUGACGAGGAGAGAGGUCAUGCUAUCGGCAUUGCCUUGGGAGGUCUGGCCUUAGGAGUAUUAGUUGGACCCCCAUUCGGCAGUGUGAUGUAUGAGUUUGUUGGGAAGACUGCUCCUUUCCUGAUUCUGGCUUUCCUGGCUUUGUUUGAUGGAGCUCUGCAGCUCUUUGUUCUUCAGCCCACCAAGGUGGAACCAGAGAGUCAGAAGGGGACCCCGCUGUUAACACUAAUGAAGGACCCAUACAUUCUAAUUGCAGCUGGUGCUAUUUGUUUUGGAAAUAUGGCCAUUGCCAUGAUGGAGCCAACACUGCCGAUCUGGAUGAUGGAGACCAUGUGUGCCAGGAAAUGGCAGCUAGGCGUCGCUUUCUUACCAGCCUCCAUCUCCUACCUUAUUGGAACCAACAUCUUUGGCACAUUGGCGCACAAGAUGGGGAGAUGGCUUUGUGCUCUCAUUGGAAUAACGGUGGUUGGAGUCAGUGUAAUAUGUGUUCCAUUUGCCAAAGACAUCUAUGGUCUGAUUGUUCCAAACUUUGGUGUUGGUUUUGCAAUUGGCAUGGUGGACUCCUCUAUGAUGCCGAUAAUGGGUUACCUGGUGGACUUGAGGCAUGUGUCUGUUUAUGGAAGUGUGUAUGCCAUUGCUGAUGUGGCUUUCUGCAUGGGAUUUGCUUUAGGUCCAUCUAUCGGAGGAUCCAUAGCUGAGAGUAUUGGCUUCCCCUGGCUGAUGACCAUCAUUGGAAUAGUGGAUAUUUUUUUUGCUCCCCUUUGCCUCUUCCUCAGGAAUCCACCAGGACAAGAAGAGAAAAUUGCUAUUUUGAUGGACACCAACUGUUCAAUGAAGACGAGGUCCUACUCCACACAGGGGACUUACUACCAUGGUGAAAACAUGGAUCCAGAAUAUGACGAUUAUGAUUAACAGGACACCAACCAUGCAGGUUAACCCUACAAAGGAUCUAUUUUGUUGUACAAAAAAAAGGAACACAGAAGAAAAUAAAACAGCAAUGAAACAAAACAGCCAAGAUAUUUCCAUGUGAAUGUCUCGCAUUCAGUCUUCACUGUUCUGUGUCCUCUUAGCAGUUGUACUGGAGCAAACCAAAGUUGUUAUUGAUCUGUGGUUGCAAGCGCAUUGUGUGAGAUUUACUUUUUAGCCAACAGCCUUAUUAAGUAGAGAGAUGUGUCAAAAAGCACUUUUUAGGUAGUAGGAGGGUGCUGAGCAACAAGUACGCUUUGCUGGUUUAUUUUGGAUACAAAUCUGUUUUGAUUCAUGUGUCAGCCAUUAAAAGUCUUGUUUUUAUCAAGUGCAUAUCCAUCAAACUGUCCAGAGUAUUAUUACCAGACCUUGUGCCAUUUUUAUAUUGCAUUACUGGGUAAAAAGAACUGUUGUUAUUUAAGGUUCAGGAAGAUUUGCUGGUUUGGUCUACCUUAUUUGCAUUAGAGCAGUCACAGUCGUAUAUAUUUAGGACUUCCCCAGCCCAACUGUGCUGGCUAAACUGCAAGUGGAAGUCAACACAUUGCAACUUCAAAGAAAAAGAAUAAAGCUGCUUUUGGUACUGGUUUUUAUUUAAAGACCCCCUGCAGACAAGUAGUAAAGUGUUGAAACUUAUACUAAUAUUUUUGUCCAACAUGGUUUUUCUACAUAAUAGUUUAACUGAAAAAUUCUGGAUUUGGCCUUGGCCCUGCUUCCCAACACUGCUUUCCACAAACAUGGUUUUCAAGCGGUGGCUAGUGCUGCCCUACAAUCUGAUUGACCACCUCAGAUGCCACUCCAAAAUUUCUGCCAUGCCAUUGGCUUCCAGCUUGGUGCAGGGUGACUGUUUAGUCAGCAUAUUUGCUUCUACCAAGGUUAAUGCUAGAUGAGAUGACAGUGUCACAUCCACCAUCCCUCUCACCCGCCCUGCUUGAACUUUCAA